AUAUAACUCAAAAUGCUUUCGUACAAUACCCCUAUUCCUGUGAACGGGCAGAACGCUGGACCGACCGCCGGCAUGUCAGCGCGACCCCCAUUUAAGACAGUCGGAAACAACGGGUCUGCCAAUGGAGUGUCAUCCAAUGAUGCGGUGUCGGGAACAGGACGACACGCUCCCGAGGAGCAGCAUAUCUGGCUAGUCACCGGACCUGCUGGAUGCGGCAAGAGUACCGUGGCAAGAUACCUAGCGGAAUCUCUACAUUGGCCUUAUAUUGAGGGUGACGAGUUUCACCCACCAGCCAAUAUCGAAAAGAUGAGCGCCGGUAUCCCCCUUACCGAUGCGGACCGCUGGGAUUGGCUCACAGCUCUGCGCGAGGCAUCAAUUCGAACUCUUGAUCAGGGCAAUAGCGGCGUAGUUUUGACGUGCUCUGCGCUGAAGCGCAAGUACCGUGAUGUCAUCAGAGUGGCCCCCUACUUCACCCCGAAUCUUCACCUUCACUUUAUCUACCUCGAUGCGUCCGAGGAGAUCCUCCUUCAAAGAGUCCUCGCUCGCCAAAACCAUUAUAUGGGCGCCAACAUGGUCCACAGCCAGUUUGAGGCUCUCGAGCCACCAACGCCUGCCGAGACGGACGUGAUCCGCAUUGACGUGAGCCGUCCUGCCGACAUGGUUAUGGCAGAUGCCCUGAACCAGGUUCUUCAUACAAUUGAUGGAAUCCAAAAGGACCAAUCGCAAUGACGGCUUCGAUGACCUGCACCGGGGGUCCAAGGAAUGGGG